GCGGGUCCCCUCCUCCCCGCCUCCUCCCGCCCUCCUCCCCGCGCCUCGCCUCGGCGCCGCGGCCGGCAUUUCUCCUCGCAGCUCGCUGCCUCCUCUAUCCCUGCCUCCCUCUCCCCCCUCUGUCUUUCUCCCUUCCUUCCCUCUCCGACCCUCUUCCUCUCCCUCCCGAUCCUUUCCCUCCUCCUCUCAUCUUUCCCCUGUCUCUCCGUUCUAGCUCGUCCCCCACCACCUUUUCUUCUUUCUCCUCCUCUCCUUCCUCUCCCCCUCUCCUCUGUCUCCUUCCACCGUUUCCCCUGCCUCCCAGUCUUUCAGUCCCUGUUUUUCUCCCCGUCUCCCUCUCGGUUUCUCUCCCCCACCCUCCCUCCGGGUUUCCUCCCCCGGUGCCCUCCCUCCUCUCUCCCUCCCCUCCCCCUCCGCCCCUCGCAGCCCCGCGGCUCGCAGCUCCCAGUCUGCCUCCCCGAACCGGCGCCGCCGCCCGCACUCGCCGCAGGACCGGCCCGCCCGGCUCCCGGGGUGCACCCUCCUCGGUCCCGCGCCCUCCGGGCUCGCAGGGACGCCUCCUCCCUCCCGGCUCGCGGCCCCGCCCGGCCCGGCCCCCGCCCAGAGCCCCAGCGCGCCGAGGAUGUGAGUCCUGCUCGCCUCUGGCGGAGCAGCAGCCACUCGCGCGCGGAGCCGGAGCGCAGCGCAGCGCAGCCGCGGGCGCUCUCCGGGCCGCUAGCGCGGGUGCCGCGCUCUUGCCCUAGCGGCGUCCCCCGGCCUCUCGCCGGCGCCACUGCCGCAGCAGCCCGCGGGCCGUCCCCGGCCGGCCGCCCCCGGCCCCAGCGCCGCUGACCCUGUCCGCCGCGGGCGGGGACGCGGGCGGAGGAGGCGCCGCGGCGGAGCCCCCGGACGCGACCAUGUCGGAGGUGCUGCCCUACGGCGACGAGAAGCUGAGCCCCUACGGCGACGGCGGCGACGUGGGCCAGAUCUUCUCCUGCCGCCUGCAGGACACCAACAACUUCUUCGGCGCCGGGCAGAACAAGCGGCCGCCCAAGCUGGGCCAGAUCGGCAGGAGCAAGCGGGUUGUUAUUGAAGAUGAUAGGAUUGAUGACGUGCUGAAAAAUAUGACCGACAAGGCACCUCCUGGUGUCUAACUCCCCCAAAGACAAUGAGUUAAGGGAGAGAAUAAGAACGGCGAUAACAGUUAUUGGCAAAAAGCAUGAAAACAGAAAGCACUUUGAAAUUUAUUACUAGCUUGCUACCCACGAUGAAAUCAACAACCUGUAUCUGGUAUCAGGCCGGGAGACAGAUGAGGCGUGAGAAGGAGGAGGAGGAGGAGGCUCUGGGCUUCUCUGCAAAAAUAAAAAUAAAUACAUAAAUAAAAUUUUAAAAAUAAUAAAAAAUCACUAUAUACACACAUAUAAAGAAAUAAAAAAGAAGUCUCAGUUGCAGCUAUUUGUCAAAAUCAAUAUCCAUUUCUUUUUAUAUACGGUGAAUAUUGCGCAAUUAUAGAUCUGGAUUUUGAACCACUUAAUGAAGCGGCAACACCAGGUAUUUUGAGGUGUUGGCAUUCUUCGCUGAUUUGGCUGUUCCCAAUGUUUACAUAUAUGUUGUUAUCCUUGGAUGUACAAAAAAUUCAGAAAAUGAUCUCUGUAGAUAUUCUGUUUUAUUUUGGUCAUCUUUAGAAGUUAUCAGGAAUGUGUUUAAAACAAGAAGAGAACUUUUCUAAGGAAUGAUACAUAGAAAAGAUCCUUGUUUUAUUUUAAAAUGAGUUGUAAAGCUUGUGUUUCUUUGUUGCUGCAAGCUAUGUGCCCAAGUUAAUGCAAAUGGACACAUUUUUUAUGUCAGAAACACACACACACACACACACACACACACGCACACACGCACACACGAAAAACAAAGAAAAAAAUGCUUGAGCUUUUUCUAACCUCCCCUUGCAGUCUGUUGUGUGAGCAGCCUGUUUAUUUCUCUAAUAUUAUGUCAGUUUAUUCUCUUUAAUGGACUGUAAAAAAAUGUAAUCACAAGAGUGCCAAAUAUCUUGAAAUGCCAAAAGGCAUUUUAGUUUCUUUUCUCUGUGCUCUGAGUCCACGUACAGGAAUGCUUGGAGUGUCUUUUCUGUUAUUUAUAGGGAUUCUCUUAAGGCACACCAGCUGCCUGUUUUGCAUGGUAUUUGCAAAAAUGCCUCUUGCGUGAGGAAAUCUUUUACCAUUUUUUGUUUGCAACUUUGGACCUCAAGAGGUUGCCCUUCCCUUCCCCGUUCCCUCUUUUCUUAAUUCAAUAUUCUGUAUGUUGCACCUUGAACCAGCACACAGGGCUAUUUCUCCAAUGUACAAUAAAAGAAUUGUUCCUGUGUCUCA